UUGAACGCACCGACAGAAGGUGAGCCGUCGUGGAAUAGCGGACCAGCUAACUUCUCCCUCAACCAUGCCUGGGAAGUGCAAAUUCCAAGAGUCUUGGCUCUACAAGGAGGUCUAUAAAGAUUGGCUAGUUAAGGACACGCAGGACAUUCAUUUCGCCCGAUGUAGGGCUUGUUGUAAAUCUAUUAAACUUCAGACCAUGGGCGAGGCUGCUCUCACCAGCCAUGCAGGGGGAGCUGGCCACAAAGCGGCGGUGCGCAAGCUUAUGGAAGGCAGCUUAGGGAGAGUCAGUGUUGCUGGGCAGAUGAAUGGCAGCUUGAAUCAGACUGAAGACAGCAAGGACCAUGUGGCUGCCUGCCUGCAACGUCAUGACCUGGACAGGUUACAGGCAAAUGACUGGUCAGAUCUGCAACAUAGCCCUGUGUCAAACUCCAGUCCCCACAAUGCUGAGCUGCAAGAUGCAUCAUUUCCUGCCAUCUACUAUCUCACAACAGCAGGCACCUCCGGAAAUAUCAGCCAGCGUGUCGUUCCAUCGGCAGGAGGUCGGCCACACGACGCAGUGGAUCACCAGCAGAAGGCAGAGGUCCUGGAGCAGCAGCAGCACAUGAGGUUGCUGGAGUGGGAGAACAGGAUGAAGGUGCUGGCGUGGGAGCAGGAGUUGAUGAGGGAGAAGACGCGAGCUGCUCGUCAGAAAGUGAAAGCUUUCAGGAUGAAGAAGAACUACUACAAAGCUAAACUAAAAAGGAUGGGAGAACACGUGCCGCCAUCUCCCGGCAGCAGUGAUGACGAGAGAAGCCCUGAUCCCACGGGAUGAGCUGAGUUUGUAGCUUUAGCCGUUUUAGCGCUUGUCCCACAUGCCACUGAACUAUUUUCAUACGUGGUUUUGUAUCUAAACGCUUAUCGUUAUACGCAGGUCAGCCUUUUCUGCACAAAGAGAACAUUUUCUGGGGUAGCCCAAGGUACGACAUGAGGCUCACUUAUUUUUUUUCUUAACCCUCUAUUUGAAAUUUAUGGCACCAAUGACAGCAUUGUAUACUAUAGGUCAGUAUUAGACAUCGCACCAUAGCCAAAAACCUUUAGGUUCAGCUGCAUUCAAGGGAAGUGACCAAACUGCUUGCACUAAUGCUCAUGACUCGAAGUAACUAAAAUCACAAUUUGAUUUGUUUUGUGCUUGUAGUCCCAGUGUCACCUCAGGGGGUACUUUACCUAAUGAAUUAGAUUGGAUUUCACUGAGCCACACCCACAACCCGAAGUCUAUUUGUUUGUAAAAUAAAACAAAAAAACAGCACAUGCGGUUUUAAUCCCAAUUUGAAUCUCCCACUGUUGGCCAGUGACGCCAGAUUCAGUAACCAGAAUAGAUGAGUCUAUUCUAAGCCUCUGAUCAAGUGGUGAGAGAGAUGGUGGAUUGAGCAGAUGAAGCAGACAAGGAUGAAAUGGAAGGAACCAAGGGAGUAAUCUGUUGAGAAAAACAUUAACUGAAGACUGGUUUUACAAAUGAAAUAUUUCAAAUAAAGAGUUGUUACCAAUACAUUGGAACCUCACAAACAAGGCAUUAGCCGGCGUUGUAGGCUCGUUGCCAAAAAAUGCAUCAGUAAAAAUGACCUGAUUUAAAUUUUUUCAGAUUAUAAAUUAUUAAUUUUUGAGUCGCUAUACUUGUUGUGUCAAGUCGAGAGGCGUAAAUGUAAAUUACAGUAUUUACCAUUAAGCAUUCAGUAGUCAUCUGAGACCCGGAGCGAAAGCUAAUGCUCCUCGUCGGACUUCCAGCUCGAACCUGUAUAGUAGAAUCUCUCAGAAAUCAUGUUCUUCAGGACUUACUUCUUCUGACCCACUUUCAAUUUCAUAUUCAGACUUGUCACAUGAUACAAUCAACGAACCUCGGCUACUAAUAUUCUUCCUGCUGGAAUUGUUCUGUUUUUAAUUAUACAUCAUCGGUGUCAACUAUGCUAACGGCUACAAAAAUGAUUUUUAUGACACAAUUUCAAUAGUUGUGGCUCUGUGUGAGUCUUUAUAAUUGUUUUAUGAAUACUGUUCAUAAUUCAAUCAUGUAAUUAGUGUGGACUUUUGCUUCUUUACAUUACACAGCCCCAACAAUUGAUACUUGUUUUGUCUUGUCUGACUGCAGUGUUCACAUCAUAUUUGCUUCUGCCGACAUUCUUGCAUUCUUGAAUGCACAUUCUACGUAUUUAGUGCACAUAAGCGGUACACUUGCACACCAAAAUUACAAGCUUUAAAAUAAAUAAAUAAAUAAAACUUGGUAUUACAGCGAUGUUUGUGCAUUACUUCUGGCCUCUUAAUUUGAGGUUGACCCUUGUAUCGGUUUUGUAGCAUUUCCGUAUGUUAUGCUUUUGGAGUUAUAUAUAUGUAUAUAUAUACAUAUAUUGUAUAUAUAUAUAUUUUUUUCUUGAAAUAAAAUACAAAUUAGUAAAAAAAAAAAAUCACUCGUAUUAAAAUGACAUAUCGACACAUUCAAAUUAGCCAAAUUCACUAGUCCCUUAUAUUUUUCAAGUGUCCUAAAACAAGGAGCUAAAAGCAAAUGACUCCCAAAUGUUUCCCAAGACAAAUUCUCUUCAUUCCGCAGUGCAGGAAAUACGAAUUUAGCUGUCCGCUAACAUGAAGACCACUGUUUAGCGUUGACACUAUUUCUUGAAAAAUAGUUCUCAGCAUUGUCAGAAAAGUCACUAAAUAUAGCGACAAUAUCUCCUACGUUUGCAUAAUUAAGAUAAGUUGGUACUCUUGCUUGGAAUGCUGACACACGUUUACGUAAGAGUAGCGUAUACUUUACAAUUUAUUUGGACUAUGGAAGCUAUGCGGGAAAUUAAGGGAAAUGGAGAUGUGACAGAUGUGACCUGCGGGUCACAGAACCGUCCCCGUUGGGACAAUAAUGAGCACCAAUCAAACCCAAAAAUUGUGCACCCCUGUACAUACUGAUGCUUGUGCAGGCAGGCAUGACUUUUAGAAAUACUAAAAACAACAAAAAUAUCCAAAUGUAAUGAGUACAUGAUACAGUUCACAGAGAAUUUCAUAUCUUGAUCCAUUUUUGUUUUUACUGUACUUCCUGAUGAGAGACACAUUCAUCCAUUUCAAGACAUUUUGACGCCAGUUCCAUACUAAUGUAGGUAUGUACCGGUAAUCACUUUAAGAUACUUCAGCCCUCAUUAGAUUUCCUACUUUUCUUUCAUGUACACUGCAGUAUUCAAAUGAACAAAAAUAGAUCAACUAUUGAACAAAAAAUAUUAUUUUCCUAUUGAAAUUUAAAGCAUGCAUACACAAUAAAAACAGCCGUGUAAGAAUACAUGUCUUUUAAUGCCCAACAUUUCUUGUUUCUGUGGUAACAGGAACUGUAAAUUUUACAAGCCACAAUCCUCUAACCAAAUGCCGUGGCAUCCCAUCGUAAACACAAAUGCAUCACAGACUUUGCUAUUCAUCAUUCUGACCUAUUCUUGUUUCUUCUUGGUAUUCUGUUUUUGAUUCAACAUUUUUGCCUCCUUGCUGUAAUUGCAUCAUGAUCAAAAUUCUAUUAAAACAUAGCAGGUAUGAUUCGGUGUCAAUCCUGGUUUUGAAUUGCGGAAGAGAAGAUUAUUCCUUUAAUCUAUAUCUACAUCCAAGCCCAACAUUUCUCGUUUCUGUGGUAACAGGAAUUGUAAUGUUUACAUUCCACAAUCCUUUUGCUGAAUGCAGCGAAUGUGGCAUCCCAUAGUAAACAUUAAUGCAUCACAGACGUUGCCAUUCAUCAUUCUGGCCUAUUCUUGUUGGGGGUCGGCAACCCGCGGCUCUUUAGCGUUGACCUAGUGGCUCCCUGGAGCUUUUUCAAAAAUGUUUGAAAAUAGGAAAAAAAAAAAAAAAAAAGGGAGAGAUAUAUACAGUGGGGUAAAUAACUAUUUAGUCAACCACCAAAAAAAAAAAAAAAAAAAGGGAG